AUGGACGUGCCUUCGUUGAAGAAAACUCACCCGCAAAAAUAUUAUUUUAAAGCACUAUGCAAGUUCAUGUUUUAUUUGGGUAUGGGGGACCUUUGGUACGAAGAGAAUGGUGCUUCUUACAUCGGCAAGAAGGUGUAUACUGCCUGGAGGAUCAUUGCUAAUGGGUACAUCAUCAUUAUUCUGAUAGACGAGCUCUUGUCUUACGCUCGCACCGAUUUGACGGAUAGGGAAAAAAAUGACCUCGUUCAAUUCUCUUUUGCUCAUCCACUCAUCUACUGUAAAGUCCUUACUCUGUAUAUCUGGAAAGACCGCAUCAAGGUGGUGAUGGAGCGUCUGCUAGAAGGUUCCAGGCCUAUAUUCCAUUCUCUAGAGUUGGAGCGUCUGUCUGUCAAGCAGUUCAGCAGACAUUGUUUCUCACUUACCAGCGCUUCGUAUGUGACGCUGUGCUCAGCCACUAUUGAAGGAAUUAGGCUGCAUUUUAUUGAAGACAUUCCAAUUCGUACAGAAGUAGUAUACUUCCCCAACCGUUCAGAGACAGGUUUCUUUAUCAACGUUCUCCGGUUCUUCGUUGAGUUCCACUGGUACAGUAUAGUUGCCAUGAUGGCGACUAUGGACUGCCUGGCCCUGUGUUCCCUACUGACUGUGGGCCAUAAGUUCAGGGUGCUAAGGUUGUAUUUCCGAGAGCUCAGGACCAGGAUUAUGGAGCAUAGAGGAAAGAAGACGAGAGAACAACUUAAUGAAGAGUUUAAGAAAGGAUUUGUGGUUGGGAUCAAGUUGCAUGUUGAUGCUUUGUGGUGUGCCCGCAAUGUCCAGCAGUCCAUGGGACCUCUAUACAGUAUCCAGGUGAUGGAAAGCGUAGCUCUACUAGUCAUGUGUCUCGUCAAAAUGGUGGUUGCAGAGCGUACAUUGACGUACCUUAUCGCCAACUUUGCGUACAUCAUGGUUCUGAUAAUACUCACUGGUUCCUACAUGAUGGCUGCUGGAGAUAUCACUCAUGAGGCUUCAGAAGUGGGCACAGCAAUAUUCCACAGCGGUUGGGAGCACUGCGACGGUCGAGCUGAUCUCCGAACCUUGGCUGUAGUGGCACUGCAGAUGAGUCAGGUACCGGUGUACAUGACGGCUUUUGGAGUUAUCACAUUGUCUUAUACUAAUUUUAUUUCGGUACUCCGUUCUUCAUACUCUUUCUUUGCUGUUAUGUAUUAA